AUGUACAUCCCCCUCAUACCGCCUCCCAUUCCAUCCGUAGCGUCCUCCAGGUGGCAGGCCAGGCAGUCAGAGAGUGGCACCGCACCGCACCGAGCCAGGCGGCGAGGGAGGACCACUCAGGCGGGCAGGGAUCCACCCCUCACCGUUGUCCAGUCCAUCGCCGCAGCCGCAGCCGCCGCCUCCGAAGCCAGCAGAAGAGCAGCAGCAGGAGGAGGAGGGUAUGGUGGAAUGUGGUACCCCUGGCCUGCUGCUGCUGCGCAGCGUCCUGCUUCCGAACCCCGUGCCGACUCCGACGAAACAACGGGCUGGGAGAGGCGGAGGGGGAGAGGAACCGAAACCGGGGCAUGA